AAAAAAAAAACACUAGAACAAAAAUGGCGGAGAAUAUCGUUAUUUCAGUUGUUGCAAAAAUAGCAGAAUACACUGUUGCACCUGUUGGUCGGUGGCUAUGCUAUUCAUUUCACUUCAAUAGCAACAUAGAGAAUCUGAAGAAUCAGGAAAAGAAUUUGCGGGAUGCUAAAGACAGGGUGCAACACUCGGUUGAUGUUGCUUUAAGAAAUGAAGAGGAAAUUUAUCCUGCUAUUAGCAAGUGGUUAAUAGAUGUAGAUCGUAUUAUAGAAUUGGCCACCAGGAGACUUUGUGAAAGCGAAGAAGAAGCAGGUACGGGGAGCUCUAAUGCGGCAUGCCUAAACAUAAAACAACGGCAUCAAUUAAGUCAGGAAGCAAAGAAGAUCGUGGAAAAUAUUGCCCAACUUUUUGCUGAACUUCAUAACAAUAGAAACUUUGAAAAAGUUUCGCAUCCUACUCUUCCUUCAGAAGGAAUGGACUACAACAACAUAGAGAAUCUGAAGAAGCAGUUAGAGAAGUUGCAACAUGCACGAGAAAGGGUGCGACAUUCGGUUGAUGCUGCUUUAAGAAAUGGUGAGGAAAUUUAUUCUGAUGUUAGCAAGUGGUUGACAGAUGUAGAUCGUAUUACAGAAUUGGCCACCAAGACACUUUGUGAAAGCGAAGAAGAAGCAAGUACGAGGAGCUCUAAUGCGGCUUGCCUAAACUUGCAACAACGACAUCAGAUAAGUCGGGAGGCAAAGAAGAUGGCGGGUGAUAUUGCUGAACUUCUUAAAAAUGGAAAAUUCGAUAGAGUUGCCCAUCAUCCUCCUUCGCAAAACAUGGCACCUGAGCAAAACGAGGAUUACAUAACCUUGGGUUCUAGGAUGUCAGUUAUGAAGAGAAUUAUGGAGGCAUUGGGAGAUGCUAAUAUCAAGAAGAUCGGCGUCUCGGGGUUGGCUGGAGUUGGAAAGAGUACACUGAUGGAAGAAAUUUGCAGGCAAGUCAAGGAAAAAAGGUUAUUCGAUGAGGUGGCUCUAGCAAAAGUGACGGACAGCCCAAACCUAAGUCGAAUUCGAGAAGAAAUUGCAGAGAUGCUAAAUCUACAGUUCAAUUCAAAUGAAACUGAAAUCGGAAGAGCAAACCGUCUACGGACGAGGUUAAAAAAAGACAAUGAGAUACUUGUAAUCUUGGAUGAUAUAUGGAAGCAACUUGAUUUGAAUGCAAUAGGAAUUCCUUCCAGAGGAUGCAAACUACUACUGACAUCCAGAGAUCAACGGGUACUAGCUUCUCAUAUGGGCACCGAAAAGAACAUCGAACUCGACAUUUUAGGGGAAGAAGAAGCAUGGACCUUAUUUGAAAAGAUGGCGGGUGUUUCUUUCAAAGAUGAUCCUGAUUUGCAGAACGAAGCAAUUAAGGUAGCUAAAGAGUGUGCAGGUCUUCCGAUUGCACUUGUAACAGUUUCUAGGGCAUUAAAGGAUCAUAAGAGUUUGAGAAUCUGGAAGGAUGCCCUGGUGCAACUAAGAAGGCCCCCUUCAGAACAUGACACAGAAAUAUGGUCACCCGUAUAUUCUUGUAUAGAGUUGAGUUAUAAACAUCUUGUUGGUAAAGAGGUAAAAUCCCUCUUUUUGCUUUGUGCUCAACAAGGUUAUGUCAUCUCCUAUCGGGACUUGUUGAGAUAUAGUUUUGGUCUGCGUUUAUUCCAUGGCAUUGAUACGUUGGAAGAAGCAAGCAACAGACUAGAAAAAUUAGUUAGUAAUCUCCAAGAUUCUUGUUUGCUAAUACAAAGUCCACAUAGCUCCAAUGAAUUUUACAUGCAUGAUGUUGUUCGUCAUGUCGCUACAAUGAUUGCGUCAAAUGAUCAUAAUAUGUUUGUCAUGAGAGGCAAUGGUGGGCAAACAGCAUGGCCAUAUGUGGAUGCACUAAAAAAAUGCGAGGCGCUCUCUAUUCGUGGUGCACAUCAUAUCCAUAAAUAUCCCAAUAAAAUAGAAUGUCCUAAAUUAAGAUACUUUCAUGUCCAGUCUCCAUAUUUGAAACCCCCAAGCAGUACUUCCUUCCAAGGGAUGGACAAGCUCGAAGACAUUUUCUUCCAAGGGAUGGACAAGCUCGAAGUUCUGAGUUUGAAAAAUAUACAACUUUCAUCUCUUUUGCCACUUACAAACCUACAAACAUUGUGUCUAGAUAGAUGUACGUUGGGAGAUAUUCAUUGGAUAGGAAAACUCAAGACUUUAGUAAUUCUUAGUCUUGCUCGUUCUGACAUUUCAAAUCUCCCAAGAGAAAUAGAGUCGUUGACUCGUUUGCAGUUAUUGGAUUUGAGCUAUUGUUUCAGACUUAGAGUGAUUCCUCCUAAUGUCUUGUCAAGCUUGGUCGACUUAGAAGAGUUGUAUAUGCGAAAAAUCAAAGUCGAAUGGGAGGUUGAAGGACCCAGCAAUGAAGGAAAAAAUGCUAGCCUUGCAGAGCUAAAGAAAUUGUCACACUUGACCACCUUAGAGAUAGAUAUUCUGAAUGCCAACAACCUACCGGCAAAUUUGUUUUCUGAAAAGCUUGAGAGAUACAAGAUAUGCAUUGGAGAUACCUGGCCAUGGGAAACAUUAUUUAAGGAAGAGGCAUUCUCAAUAAUGUUAAAACUCAAAUUGAAUAUGAGCUUUCAAUUGGACUUUGGGAUCAAAAUGCUACUGAAAAGGACAGAAUAUCUUUAUUUAGACGAGUCGAACAGUAGUAAGAGUGUCUUAUAUGAAUUACAUAGAGAAGAUUUUCAACAAUUGAAGCAUCUCCAUAUCCAAAACAAUGGUAAUAUUAAGCAUAUCCCUGAGUUGAGGACACCGGAUGUAGCCUUUCCUAUCCUGGAGGUAUUUUUUUUGAAAAAUAUGUUCAGCUUGGAAGAAAUUUGUCAGGGCAAACUUCCAUUGUUAUCCUUCAAAAACUUGAAAGUUUUAGUGGUGGAGAACUGUGAGAAAUUAAGAUUUAUCUUCUCGUCAUCUAUAGCCAGAGGCCUUUCAUUACUUGAAGAAUUGAAUAUAACAAGAUGCAACAACAUGGGUGCAAUAUUCGUGAAAGAAGAAGAAGACGGAAUAGAAGAUCAGGGAGAUACGAUGUUGUUCGGUCGACUUCAAACCUUAGUGCUGAAAUAUCUUCCAAAGCUCGUGGGCUUCCUAAGCACAAAAGAUUCAUUCAUGGCUGAUUGUAGAGAAACCAAUUCAGAGGGCAACCAUGAUCUUCAGUUGCCACUUCUACAUCAUGAUCAGGUUUCCCUUCCUAGCUUGCAAACACUGUGUAUGGAGGGUCUACCCAAAAUAAAGCACGUAUGGAGCUGUGGACAAGAACCCAAAACAGUUUUCACAGGUCUCGAGCAAUUGAAAAUACUUGAGAUUACCAAUUGUGGGGUGGAGGAAAUUGUUGCAGUUGAAGGAGGAGAAGUAGUAGCAAUAAGGACUUUCGAGUUCCCUCGAGUAAGUACUUUGGAGCUUAGAAAUUUAAAAAGACUCAAGUGGUUUUACAAAGCAGUGCAUGUUUCAAAAUGGCCGAUGGUGAAAAAGCUGAAAAUUGAAAGAUGCGAGGAAGUUGAGAUUUUUGCUUCAGGAGUUGUGAGCUUUGAAGAAACCAUUAAAGAGAGGCAGUCAGAGAUGUCCAUUAAGCAGCCCCUUUUCUUGGUGGAUGAGCUCUCAUUCCCCAGCUUGGAGACACUGGAAAUACAACACUGUUGUUCGUUAGAAAUUAUAUUUGGAAAGCUGGAGGGGCGAAUGCACUCAUUCCCCAGCUUAAAGACACUGCUCAUUUCUCAUUGUGAAGGGUUGUUUCACGUCUUUCCAACGGCAAUAUUAAUGCGAAGUCUAACUUAUCUACGAAUAACAGACUGCUGUUCGUUAGAAAUUAUAUUUGGAAAGCUGGAGGGGCAAAAUGGUAAAGAACCACAAGUUUUAAUAUCCCCAGCAUCAGGGACAGAAGAAAGUGGAGCAACCACACACUUUGCGUCAACCCUCUCGUUUCCGAGCUUGAAGAUGUUGGAUAUUUGGAAGAUGGAUAAGUUGGAAAUUAUAUGGCAGGAUCAAGUUGCCGCGACUUCUUUUCCCAAUAUUCAAGAAUUGAAGAUUUUUUGUUGUAAAAAGCUGUUGCACGUCUUUCAUUCUAAUUUGCAUACAACAACAACAACAUUGAUACACAGUCUGACUAAUCUAGAUAUAAGCUACUGCAGUUCAUUAGAAACUAUAUUUGGAAAUAUGGAGGGGCAAAAUGGUAAAGAACCACAAGUUUUAAUGGCUCCAAGUUCAGGUACGGAAGAAAGUGUAGCGAGAGAAGACGGAACAGCUAGACAUAUUGAGUUCCCCAUACUAACUCGAUUGUCACUCAUUGCAUUGCCAAAACUCAAGUGGAUUUUUGAAGGAGUGCAUACUAAUUUGGAAUCAUGGCCUUCAUUGAAAGAAUUAUCCCUAGGGAAAUGUGGUGAACAAGUGAACAAAAUGAUUUGGGCUUCCAAAUUUGCAAGCAGCAGUAGUAGUCAAGAGAACCAACUCCAGACUUGCAUUCAACAACCCAUGUUCGUCGUUGAGAAGGGUACGUUCCCCAACUUGGAGCAUUUGUUAUUGGUCUUCCGUCGAAUAACCAUACGUCCCAGCAGAUUUUCAGAUUUUCCUGAUCCAUCUUUUCUUCUAACAAGACUGCCAAAUCUGUUGAAACUUAACGUAUACGAUAGUGUCUGGGAGGAAAUAUUCCCUUAUGAACUUGUUGAUCGAGAAAUACGAUUAAGACGACUAACGCUCUGUCGUCUACGUAUGCUUACACAUUUGUGGAAAGAAGACAGUACCCAGCCAUGCCAACUUUUUCAUAAUCUGCAAUACCUUGAUGUGUCACGAUGCGGCAAAUUGAAAAACUUAGUGCCAUCAUCGGUAUCUCUUCGCAAUUUGACAGGAUUGGAAAUAUCACAUUGUCACGGAUUGAUCAAUUUAUUAACAUCCUCAACAGCCAAAACUUUGGUGCAACUCCAAAGAAUGACUGUGAUUGAUUGCAAAAGGAUUACAGAAAUUGUAGCAAUGGAGGAUGGUGAAGCAAAUGUGGCGAUUACUUUCAACAAGUUAACAAGGUUAACACUUGAUGGCUUACCAAACCUCACACACUUUUGCUCUGGACCUUAUUCCUUUGGGUUCCCAUCUUUGGAUGAAGUAAUUGUGAGAUGUUGUCUUGAGAUGAAGACUUUCAGUCACGGAGUCUUAAGUACACCAAAGCUAACAGCAAUAUAUGAUGACAACCGUUGGAGUUCUAAGCUGAAUUUGCAUUGGAAGGAUGACCUUAAUACCACUACACGUUGUCUUUGGGAGGAGUCAAAUCAAUAUGAUACUCGAUUGUUAUUCAGAGAAAGGGUUGAGAAUUUUGAAAAAGAUGAAGAUCAUCCAUAAUGUGCAUGCAGCAGUCAAUGUUGAACUUAGUAAAGGCAGAGGACCCUUCAUUCUUUGUGGAUCCAAUGGUGAUAUUUCUUUCUUUUGAUGAAGUCAGUCAGGGCAGAGGACCCUUCAUUCCCAUUAAUGUUUAAUUAUGUUUUGCUUGUUUUAUUAUGUCUUCUUUAUUUUUAAAUCUCUCUUAUAUGUACGAGAGAAUGCCAAAUAAAAAAAGUUUGACAAUGUAUUGAUUUGAUAUAACUCCUCAUGAAGUACUGUAGUUAACAACUCUGAUGUUGCCAACAAAUAAACUUGAAUUAUAAUCUUUUGAUUAUAAUUUGACCA